AGGAGGGCAGUUUGAAGCAAAAGCGACGGGGUGGUAAACCGUGUUCUAAUAUUCAUGCAGUUUCUUACCGAAAUACUACUGGCAAUAUUGCCAUAUGUGGCAGACUUGAAAUACAUUAGGUAUCCUGGCUACAAAAUUGCUCACAAAAAUAUAAGAUAUAGUUAGCUACUCAAGGAGUUAGAUAGCAAGCUAGCGUGUUUAGCUAGCAAUGAAUAUCAGCUUAGCUAACGUUAGCUAGCUCGAUAAUAUGGUUUGCGAAUCGUUGCAUGUUUUUCUUGAUUGUUUGACUUCACACAACGCUGUUGAAAUGUAGUUUUAUAAUAUUUUGCAAGCUAGCUAGCGAGUUAACUUUCCAAUUCAAACAAUGGCGAGCGUACAUGAAAGUUUGUAUUUCAACCCAAUGAUGACCAAUGGGGUGGUCCAUGCCAAUGUGUUUGGCAUCAAAGAUUGGGUUACUCCGUAUAAAAUCUCUGUGCUGGCCUUGCUGUACGAGAUGACCACGUCAAAACCAAUUGCUCUUCAGGAAAGAAGGCGCUUGAACAAACUCAUCCUGCCUCUACAACAGGGUCCAGACUUGACUCUUGACCAAUUCCUGAAGACUGUGGAAGAAUGUUGCCCUCAAACAGCAUAUGCUGUGAAACUCCGGUUGCAUGAAAUGGCUGAUGGAGAGCUGAAGGACAUGGAAUAUUUCUUUGCCACCCUCCCCACUCCUUUCAGCGCUAUUGAUUCUGAGGCGUAUAAGACUAGUGUUGUUGGCCUGUUCAUGAGACACAUGCUCCUGGCCUACAACAAGCUGUCCUUCAGCCAGGUGUACAAACUGUACAAAGCCCUGCAGCAGUACUACCACAGUCACUACUCCCAGCCUGGUGAUGUCCAGGUGGGGCUGCCUGCCCUGGCUGUAGACGACUCUGACAUGGACCUCACCAGCACAGAGGACAACGUAGGGGAGAGGAUGGAGAAGGAGGAGCUGGAUACUGCACCGCUGCAUGAGUCUGAGCUAAGAAAUGAGGAUGCCCCAAGCAGAGGCCCACUCUCGCAGAAGCAAGCAGAGUACUUUCUUGCUAGACAAGCGUACCUUCUAAAGAAUGACGAGAACAAAGCCCUGAAGCCAUCUGCCCUACAGGACGAGCUGAACAACAUGCUCAAGUUCAACCCUGACUUUGCUGAGGCGCAUUACCUGAGCUACCUGAACAGUAUGCGAGUCCAGGACAUCUUCAUCUCCACCCACAGUCUGUUACAUUACUUUGACCGCCUCAUCCUGUCAGGGAGCGAGGGAAAGAGCAACGGGGACGAAGGCUAUGGGAGAAGUCUCCGCUACGCUGCCCUCAACCUGGCAGCACUGCAUUGUCGCUUUGGACACUAUCAACAGGCUGAGCUGGCUCUACAGGAAGCUAUCCGCAUCGCCCAGGAGUCCAACGAUCACGUGUGCCUGCAGCAUUGCCUGAGUUGGCUUUAUACCCUUGAACAGAUGAAAGGAUCUGACAGUUCUGUGCUAACUGAGGACUCAGUGAAAAUGGCUGCCCACUUCUGUCUACCGUACCUGGUGUCUCUUGGCAUUCAGUCCCUGGUCCAGCAGGGGGCGGUCCAGGGCAAGACAGCCCAUGAGCUGAUGGACGCUCUGAAGGACACAGACAUCCUGCACUGGAAGCACAGCCUGUCAGAGCUCAUAGACAUCAGCCUGGCUCAGACAACAUCCAUAUGGAGGAUGUAUGGCAAGAGCACCAUGGCUCAGCAGCAGGCCCAGCUCCUCCUGAACAUGAAUAGCCUGGAGCAGGUUAACUUUGGGGUCCAGCAGAACAACACAGAGGCCUUUGCUGUGGCCCUCUGCCACCUGGCUGAGCUUCAUGCUGAACAGGGCCUGUAUGGGGCUGUGUCCGAGGUCCUGAAGCAUCUGAAGGAGCAGUUCCCACCUCACACCCAACAUGCCAAGCUGUGGAUGCUCUGUGACCUCAAGAUCCAGUUUGACAGAGCUAUGAAUGAUGGGAAAUACCACUUGGCAGAGCCCCAUGUCACAGCCAUUGCUGCCUUGAACAAAACGGAGGGUCUUUAUAGGAAAGCUCAAGUGCUGAAGGCCUUGAACCGGACUACUGAAGCAUACAGUAUUCUGCAGAGGCUGCAGCUGUACUGCGAGAAGACCAAGUACACAGAGAUGAUCAUCAGGGUGAUGCUGGUCACAGCUGAGUUGCAUUGGGAGUCGUCAGGUUUUGCCACAGCCCUUCCUCUCCUGCUGCAGGCCCUGGCCCUGGCCAGACAGCACCACCUACAGGCCCUGGCCUCUGAGACCAUCCUUCACCUGGCUUUCACUCAGUUAAUGCUGGGAGUGCCGGAUCAAGCUCUGGGUGUCCUUCAUGAGGCGAUGGAGCCCAUCCUGGCCCACGGAGCGGUCAUGGAUAAGGGCAGAGCUCUGCUCCUGGCAGCCCGCUGUCAGAUGGCCAUGGCUGGGACCCGGUCCAAUGGCCAGAGGCAUGCAGCUUUAGGCCUGGCUGUGCAAUCGCUGGGAGAGGCUGCAGCCUACUUCUCCAUGCUGGACUGUAAGGAGCGUCUCCGUGAUGUCCACUACCUGCAGGCCCGGCUGCACCACACCCUGGGACAAACCCCCGAGCGCAACAAAUGUGCCAUGCUGUUCCGCCUCCUGGACCAGGAGCUGCAGGCGCCGGGGGCAGCUGUCGCCAUGCGACUCUGAACAGUCAUCACCACCCUGCCUUCUCCGACACAGACCGGAACAUAUACUGGUGUACUCUGUCAUUGUCAUGGACUUCGCAUUCUAUCCUAUCUUUUGGUUCAAAUUGCAACAUUGCUUGUGUGUUAAAGAGUAGAGAAACCACUGGUUUAUAGGGCACUCCCAAUUUACAUUGCAAGCUUGUAUCGUCUAUCUACAAUAUAAAGAUCAGACUUCAAGUCUCUAUAAUCUUUUCUCAUGUUUGUUGUGCUUUGUUUGGCAAAAUGGAAAACAAGAAAAUCACUAAUUUGUUCCACCUGAAAAUGUUUGUCUUGACUACCACUAAUGUCAAGCACAGCUGUUGGUGAAAGAAUGCAGCCUGGUUGGGCUCCCUACAAUUUUAAUGUUAAUGUUUAUUUGCAGUAAAAGCAAUUCCAACAAACGUAGGUGUUUCCCUCAGGACGUGAUGGAUAACUGUGCAGGAUCCAGAGGCCUCGAUAUGGAAACCUAGAUGCCGCCACACCACCUCUUUGAGUAGCACCCACAUAGUAUUUGAAUUUCAGCAUACAUACCGUUAUACAACAGUUUAUCCUUUAUUCAGGACCAGAGAGAUCUGAUUCUUUAGAGGUAGUCAUAGCCUCUGUUGUCGGAUGUCGAUAGAAUAGACCUGGACUAUAGAGAUAGAGGACUUGUCUUUGCAUCUGCAAUUAUAGCAUAUGUGAUGGUAUGGGCAGCUCCAUUGAGGAUCUCUUCAUUUAUAAAUAGUACAUUUUCUUCACCAUAGGCUAAUCCCUCCUGAUGACCCGGUUGGACAUGACUCCAACAGGAGGGAUCAGCCAAUGAAUUUGGAAGUCUCACCCAGUUGACACAUUAAAAUGGUGGGAGUCCUCAAUGACACUGUCCAUGAUAAUUGUGCCCUUUGGCCACUAUCAUUCUCUAUAUGUACUUGUAUUU